AUGGGAGACGCUAUCUCUGAGAAGCCUCAUAAUGCCUGGCUCGGUGCCAAAGGACCUGCAGCUCUUGACCUCCGCAGCGAUGUGGUGACAACACCAACGCCAGCUAUGUUGGAAGCUGUCAAGUCAUGCUCUCUCCUUGACGAUGUUUUCCAGGAGGACCCUGCUACAAAUGGCCUUGAGGCCUAUGUUGCGGAACGCACCGGAAAGGAAGCCGGUCUUUUCGUCCUCUCAGGAACGAUGGGAAACCAGCUCGCUCUUCGCUCUCUUCUCACUCAACCUCCUUAUUCAGUUCUGUGCGAUUACCGAGCUCACAUUUUCACCGCUGAAGCAGGCGGCACUUCAAACCUCACAGGGGCUCAGAUUCAGACUGUCAUUCCUAAGAAUGGCAGAUACAUGACGCUUGAAGAGAUUCAGGAGAACGUGACUCUGGAUGAUGAUGUUCACGGCUGCCCUACACGCGUCAUAAGUUUGGAGAACACUCUUCACGGCAUGGUCAUGCCUCUCAGCGAAGUCAAGCGAAUUUCUGAGUUCGCUAGAGAGCACGGCAUUAAGUUACACUUGGACGGCGCACGACUAUGGGAGGCAGUCGUCUCUGGAGCAGGUUCUCUAACAGAAUACUGCUCUUACUUUGACACCAUCAGUCUAUGCCUGUCCAAGGGUCUUGGUGCCCCAGCAGGAAGUGUCAUUGUUGGCCCCAAAGCCACCCUGAAGCACGCCCGCUGGGUCCGCAAGUCUAUCGGCGGCGGUCUACGACAAUCUGGCGUUCUCACAUCUGCAGGACGCAUUGCUAUCGAGCAGACUUUUGGAAAAUCGCCCAACGGCCAAGAUGGGCCUCUCAAGGCGUCUCACGAGAUGGCACGCAAGGUCGACGACCUCUGGACGAGCAUGGGUGGCACAAUUGAUGAGCCGACGGAGACCAACAUGGUGUGGUUGAACCUCAAGGCGACAGGAUGCAGUACGAAGCGGUUCAUUGAGAUUGGCGCAGAAGCUGGGCUCAAGUUCAUGUCUAGCCGGUUGGUGACGCACUACCAGGUCGCGCAGAAUGAGGAAGAGGUUCUGAGACGGUUGAAGAUUGUGUUUGAAAAGGUUCUAGGUGAGGGAGGAGAUUCCAGUGCUCAACAAAAUGUUGGAAAGGGCAGUGUAUAUGUGCCUCAAUAG